CUUUUAGAUGAAGUUUUCAAAUAUUGAAACAAUUGCUGACCUUGCUAUGAGGGAUUGUAUGUGUUAUUGAUCAAUUUCUGCAUGCACUCCAUAAAUUUCUGGACGACAAUGUUCUAGAAAAAAAAAUAUUAAGUAAGCCAUAAAAUAAUAUUGAUGCAUCUCAUCAUAUCUGCCUAUGAACUAGGAAUUUUUUGAAAAUCUAUAUGCGACUAAUUAAGCUAAUUGCGGUGUCAAACUUGGUUGUCGAGUCAUAAGUAAGCGAAUCUGCCAACGAAAGCAAAUAGAUCUUUAUGUUAAGAUAGCAGAUCAACAAUCUUUAACUCUUACUUUUCUAAAGACAUGGGUUCGAUUCCCAUUAGAAAUUAAUUAUCUCAAUCAUUUACAAUGAAUGUUGUUAAUAAAUGACUAAUGCUCAUAUCUAAUAAGUCUGAAUAGUUUUAAGAAAGUUUAAUUAAUUUAAGAUUCGAUUGAAAAUAAUAAAAUGCAUUCGCCAGACAAAACAAAAAAAUUAAAUACAUUAAGUUCAUCAAGUAUUUCACGUAUGAAGGUGUUUUCCCAAACGUAAUACAAACACAGAUGAUGGUAUUGUAUGGGAAAUGUUAAAUCCCUGCUUAAUAAAAGCGCCACCUUUGGGACAAAAUGAGAUUUAAAAGUGAUAUCAUGUUUUACCUGAUGAUAUAUAGUUUUGUUAAUUAUAUUGAUAAGUCGGUUAAUUUAAGAUAAUUGCAAAUUUGAUUUUAAUAAAACUUAUUUAUUUUUGAAAUAAAAGAUUUUGGCAUAAAAGGAAGAGUCAUAAAAUGGUAAUUAAUCGUGUUCUCAGAAAACAAUAAAUUUGGGUUGUGAAGUAGUUUUUCAGUAAUCGGGCAUCACUAAAAUUUUGACGAAAAAAAAUGUUUCAAACUAAGAAUAAAAUUAAAAUUUCAAGUUUUCAGUGUUAAUUGAUGAAUUUCUCUAGAAAUGGUAGGCGACUAAUGCAUUAAGUAAAGUGAAAAACACAAGCGCAUCAAGUUUUAACACGGAGCUCUUUUUAAUUAUGAAAAAAAAGUCUCAAUGAAUCCAAAAAUGAUGGCGCUCAGAUUGUUUUGUUUGAAAAUGAAAAAAAUUUUAAUCAUGAAUAUUAGGACUAAUUAAAUGCAUAUUCAUGUAAUAGCCCGUAAAUGGUUCGUAAAUAAGUCCAUUCAUGUGAGAAAAAAAUUAAAAAUUUUGCAAAAAGUUUGCUAAAAAGUGUAAUGGAAAAGUUGAUAUUAUAUGCAUGUUUGUUUGUAUUGGAUAUUCACAAAUACAUUCAAAAAUAUUGACAUGACAUAGGAGAUGCGUAAAAUAAAAAAUUAUGGAAAAAUUAUUUUCAUUCUAAAAUGUUUGAUAAAAGAUAUCCUUUUGAUGUGCGAUUUUGUUCAUUUCUUCAAAAUGCACCAGCCCAAAUCAUUUUGACAUCUCAAAUCCAGGCAUUUCGAGAGAUAAUUCCAAUAUAAAUAUAUAGACGUGCAUUUCUUAUGGUUCAUGAUAAAUCUAUCAAAAAAAAUCGUCCAAAUGAAAAAAAGAAGAAAGAAUGUAAAAAUCCAAAAAAAAAAAGAUGAAAAAAAUAAUAGAAUGGAUAUUGUGAAUGAAAUGACGAGAAAUUGUCGCUGCAAUCAGCCAAUAUAAAAUUUAAAUUUUACUUAUAAAAAAAAAAUAUUUUACAUCCCAAAAAAAAAUUAAUGAAGUUAAUUAUGCAUAUGUUCUUUCAGAUGCUUUUAUUGCAUGUACAUUUGAUAUAAUUUUGAAGCAUACAAAAAACUUACGUGAAAAAGAGAUAAAAAGCAGUAGAAAAUAUGUCGCAACGGGGGAAGCGACCGAAUUGUCACAAUCCUGUUGAUGGCCCAUCGCCUUCCAAGAGGCGUAAGGGACGUCCCCCCACAAUUUCAAUUGAUUCACAUGAGGAGUUUACAUCACCUACGAAUGGUGGAUCGUCCACUAUUUGGCAAGCUAGACCGCAUUUGGAUUUAAAAAUGUCUAGUAUAUAUAAUCGAAGUGCACCUGAAGCACCAGCAGAACUAUUUAGGAAGGAUCUUAUCAGUGCCAUGAAAUUGCCAGACUCAGAGCCUCUCUCUCACGAAGAAUAUUGGGUGAUAACAGAUCAAUGGAAACAAGAAUGGGAGAGAGGUGUGCAAGUACCAGUCAAUCCUGAUUCUCUGCCUGAGCCCUCAGUUCGAUUAAAUAAUGAGAAUUAUUAUAAAGCACGACAAGAUUUUAAACUUCCUAAAAAUAAAUACAUACGUAUCACAAAGGAUGAAAACUUUUCACAUGAUAAGCACUAUUUAUCAAAUACUCCAGCCAUUGCUGAUUCUGUAUGUAGUUACGAUUUAGAUCAACUUGACGAAGCCUGGCUCCAAGAGUUUAAUGGUGAACGAAGCAUGUGUGGUCUUCCACCUGUUAACGAGGAACAAUUUGAACGUAUUAUUGAAGAAUUAGAGACACGAUGUCAUGACAAAAUUCAAGCAAUAAUGAAGAGUGAAGAUGGAUUAGGUAUAGAGUACGAUGAGAACGUAAUCUGCGAUGUCUGUCGUUCACCGGAUUCAGAGGAAGCGAAUGAGAUGGUAUUCUGUGAUAACUGUAAUAUAUGUGUACAUCAAGCUUGUUAUGGAAUAACCACGAUACCGUCGGGUAAGCUAUCUAAAAUUCAUCUAGCAGGCCAAUGGUUAUGUCGAACGUGCUCUAUGGGACAGAAACCAGAUUGUGUCUUAUGUCCUAACAAAGGUGGUGCAAUGAAAUCUACGAGAUCUGGACAAAAGUGGGCGCAUGUAUCGUGUGCGCUAUGGAUACCAGAAGUUAGUAUCGGAUCAGUUGAUAGAAUGGAACCAAUCACAAAAAUCUCCAGUAUUCCUCAAAGUCGAUGGGCUUUAGUGUGUGUUUUAUGUCGUGAGCGAGUCGGUGCUUGCAUACAAUGUUCAGUCAAGACAUGUAAGACAGCUUAUCAUGUAACGUGCGCCUUUCAACAUGGCUUGGAAAUGCGUGCAAUAAUUGAAGAUGAGAAUGCCGAAGAUGGCGUUAAAUUGCGUUCGUAUUGUCAAAAACAUAGUGUCAAAAAGGAACCAAAAAAUAGUGCCAAGACAAAAACUGAGAAACCAACAGCACCUGCAUGCUCGGCGUCUGAAGAUGAAGAAAAAACGAAUAAGCGUAAGAUUAGAAAGGAAAUGACAUCGGAGGAGAGAAAUCAUGCAAGACUCGCACGAUUAGUUGAAAUUCAGUCAGAAUUUGAUAAGCAUGUUAGUGUAAAAGACAUUAGUUGUCAUUUGUUAGAUGUUGAUCAAGAAGGAAUUAAUCAUAUUUAUAAUUAUUGGAUAUUAAAACGAAAAGCCGGUGGAAAUGACCCACUUCUUCUUCCCAAGAGCGGUGAUGUUGAGUGUAUGUCUCAAUCUGACCAGGAACAAGCCGAUGUUGAGAAGAUGAAAAUGUUUGUGCAUUUACGACAGGAUCUGGAAAGAGUUCGAAAUUUGUGCUACAUGGUUUCGAGGAGGGAGAAAUUGUCACGAUCAUUCUUUAAGAUGCGUGAGCAAAUCUUCCAUAAACAAAUUUCUAUCUUAAGUAACCAUAGAAAGACUACUAAAUUAGAUGAUGAGUCACUAAAAGCCAUUCUAGAUGCAAACCAUGGUCCAUCUAUUUAUGACGUACUGUACUCUAGUAAUUCAAUCAAAGAUUCUAGAGUUUUGAGAAUAGACGAAAUGAUAGAUAUGAUUCUCGGAAAUAAUGUCUCUACUACUACUACAACUACUACUAAACCCAACAAAUCAUUACUAGAAAUAAAUGGCAACGUUAAGAAGGAGAAAAUGGAUGCGAUUUCAAGAUAUAGUAAAUUAUUUAAUGGUGGCAAUACGAGUUCGAAUAGAAAAUAUAAUUAUGAUAGUAUAACAAGUGAUACAGAUGAAUCAGCAACUAAGCAAUCUAGACGAAAAAGUCAUAUUACAUCGUCAUCGUCAGCAGAAGAUGAACCACCACCACCACAAACAUUACAAAGAUCUCCGACUAGGUCUAAAAAUCUUUCAUCUUCAUCAAAUCAACUCGCUGUUUCAGCAGCUAGCUCUGUUAAUAAUUCAAAUAUCACCACACCUACAUCAAAUGCUAACAAUCAACCAAAGAAGAAGGGUCGACCAUUGGGCUCAACGAAGCAAGCAACAGCUGAGAAACGUCGACUAUUGAACUCUAUAAGUCUAGUAAAAGAGAGUAAAUCGAAAGCUCAAAGCAUUGAUAGUUCAAGUGAAGAUGAUAUACCUCCUCCUCAUCCGAAAGUAAAAUCACCAUUAAGCACAAGGCAUCGUUUAAUGACAGAUGAUAAUCAGCAUUUAACAGACGAAAGUGAUGAACUCGUUCCAAUUCGAAAUAGUAGUGGACAUAGUAUUCCCACGCAAGGCGGUACAAUUAAGAAAAUUCACUCAUCAGCAAUAUAUUCAGAUAGUGACAGUAGUAGUACAGAUAAGGAUAACAGGACUGACUAUACAGUUAGUGAUUCUCAACAACAACCAUUUAGAACAAAAGCAGCUAUGAAAGAGUUUAAUGAAAAUGAAGUAAUACCGAACUUUAAUAAGCUUAAGAAAAUUCCGGAUGUUCAAGAGUCCACCACAUCUAAUAAGAAAAAUGCCAUGUCAAUCAAGAAAUCCUCGACGACACCAACACCGGUCACAUCACCUACACCUUCCAAAAAGCACGAUCUUCCUCCUCCCUCAUCUACUGUUAAGAAAGAUAUUAAACCAUCACCUGCAAAGGCUACAAAAUCAAGACGAAUGAGCACAAAACUUCAAAACAACAGUCUAUCGUCAGAUUCUGAAAUGGAAGAUACAAAGAAACCUCCAGCACAACCGAGUGUUAAAGACAUUUCAAAAGAAAGCAGUAGCAAUAAGGAACAAGAGAAGAAAUCAAAAACCCAAAAAGAUCAACAACCCAAGAAAGAUAUUCUUCCAGACUUUUUGGUUGUGCCGCAACGUGAAGCUGCAAAGAAAGCAUCUGAGAACUUGAUGAAAACCAAUUCCAGUUUGACGGUUCAAGCAAGUUCUGUAGUAGCUACCACAACAAAUGAAAAGCAUAAGCGUGAUGUUAAAGACAAAGUGGAAGAAGUUCCGAUUGCAACGACAAAAUCUAGUGAAAAUGAAAAAGAGAAACAGAAAGAAUUAAAGGAUAGCAAAUCCAAAUCAAGUAGGGCCACAAAAGAUAAAUCUAGAGCUGACAAGAAGGAAGAACAGAAGAAAACACAAGAAAAAACUAUCGAGAAGGAAAUUAAAGUUAAAGAAAAAGAGAAAGAAGAAAAAAUUGUUUCAGACUUUCCAUCAGAAUUUUUACCUUAUGUUCCACAACGACAAGCUGCAAAGAAGGCAGCUGAGCACAUCAAGGGCCUAGGAAACUCAUCAUUGCAACAAGCAAUAUCUGUAACGGAAGAGAAGCCAAAACAACCGACAACUUCGAGUGUAACUACAAAACGAUCAAUGCCUGAUAGGAGGAAAUCUAUGGCAGUUGACUUGUCUAGUUCAACAUCGAGCAGUUCAAGCUCCGAUUCUGAUGAAUCUGAUAGUGAGAGUGAUAAUAAAUCACAAAAACCAACAAAUACACCUACUAAAGUGACUAAAGCAACAACUAAAGCUAUAUCAACUCGUAGAACUUCUGUGGCAGCAACAGCAGCUAGUCUGAAACAGAAAACGAAAGACUCGCCCUUUCUUGACAAGGCAGCGAAAUCUUCCGUUCAUGUUGAAACUAGUUCGUCAUCCUCCUAUGAAUCCGAUUCGUCCAGUGACCGUGUUAAUACGACACGAUUACCUGACAAAAGAAAUAAGAAUAAACGAAAAAGCAUUGAACAGCCAGCAGCAACACCAACACCAUCAGCAGCUGCAAAAAAAGUCACCCCUGUAUCUCCUAAAAAGUCAUCUAACACAAUUAAAAAGGAAAGUGAUCAGAGACCACCAACACGACGAAUGUCGACAAUUACAAAACCAGCACCCAUUACUUCACCAUCAGUUAGUAGAACCAAUAGUAAAUCAGCACAGAAACCUCCUGAGCCGCCAAAACCUAUCGAACAGCAAGUCACAUCAUCCAGAAAGAGAUCCACAUCAACAGCAUCGCCACCUAAAGUAUCAAGUAAUAGUAAAUCCCGAGCUACUGAGUCCAGUAAGAGAGAUUUGGCUAAGUUGCCUGACAAAGAAAAAUCUUCUAAUGAUGUAAAGAAACCUGAAUCGAGAACAUCUACCCCUACACCAAUUAUUGCUGCACCAUCAAUUCAAACUGAAAAACAAACGACGACUAAUCAAAAGACUGAUUCAUUUGAAGUUGCAAAGAAGAGAAGAUCCUCUGUAGUAUCAACUCCAAAAUCUAAAGAUAAGGAAAUUCCUAAUGAUGAUAAGGAACAAAAGACCGUUGAGAUUGUAAAGGAACCAACUAAAGUUACAGUUGAAAGCAAUAAGACACCAAUUGAAGAAAAAGAGGUGGUAAUUGAACCCGAAGUACCAGUAAUAGAAAAAGAACAACCCGUUGUGGUCGAGAAGAAAAUCGAGCCCAUUCCAUUUUCAGACAUCAUUGAAAUUAACGAUGAGUCUGAGAAUGAUGAACAAAAGAAGCCAGUUAGAGCUGAAAUCAAAGAGAAUGAGAAGGAAAGUAGCAAAAAGACCGUUGAGAUUGUAAAGGAACCAACUAAAGUUUUUGAUGAUGAUAUUUCGGAAGUUAAAAUGGACAUAGAUGAGACGAUAUCAGAACCAAAACCACUGAUUAGUGUCAAGCAACAAAUUAUUCAAGAAUCAAAGUUCCCAACUUCUCCAAAGAUAAGUACUCCAAUGACGUCACCAAUGGUUUCAAUUCCAACUGAAAAUCUCAAUAGAAUGCAAGAAAAAUCAAAUGAAAGUAAACAAUUAAUAAAUGAACCUUUCAAAAGCAUGCCAAUUACCAGUAGACAGGAAACAUCUACAUCAAAUAGCAAUACAAUAUUUGAGCCGAUUAAACCACUUAGCAUUGAGGAUACUGAACGAGAAUCAUACAAUUUGAUAGAAAAAUUAAAGAAAAAUAAGAAGCCAACUAAUGCGACAGUUAUUUCCGAUAACAAUAAUGUUUCUAUCGAGAAACCAAUUGAACUUUUGAAGCCUUGUAUGAUGCAGAAUGAAAAUACACCUAAGCAUGAUAACUUUGAUCAAAUAGUACAGCCUCAAAUUCCAUUGAGACCUCUAAAUGCAUCUCCACUAACGGAAUGUAAUGAACUGAAAAAAUUAUCUCCAUGGCAUCAACAGCAGCAACAACAACAACAACAACAACAACAACAGCCGCCGCAGCAAGCUCAAAGUCAUCCAAUUAAUGAGAAUACAAAUUUCCCUCAAAGAAAUAUUUUGACCUCAUCAUGCAACAAAUUAAAUUCACCAAUGGAACAAACAUCUACUCCUCCAUCCUGUAUGGUCAUUGAACAGCAACAAAAACAAUUGGCAGCUUGUCAAAAGAUGAGUGAAGAAAACAAUAUGAUGGUAUCAAAUCGCGCAUCAAUGUUUAUGCCUCAAAUGAACAUGCAUAUGAAUGAUCCAACUGCUAAUCAUAUGGAUGUAUUUGAGAUGCAAAUGCAACAGCAACAACAGAAAUGGCACAAAGAAACUAAAUCUAUGAAUUUAAAGAUGAUGCAACAACAACAACAACAACAACAGCAACAACAUGAUAGGAUGCAAGAAAAUUUGAUUAAAAGAACUGAUUCUGGCAUGGAAAAUAUGAUGAAUAAUAUGAAUCAACAAGUAAUGAAGAACUUUGCGGCUAUGCAAAAAAGUCCAGGAAAUUUUGUUCCAAUGCAGCCUCAUAUGGGUCCACAGCAACAACAACCUCCACCUCCGCAACAGCCUCAAGAGAACUUUAAUGCAUACAAUUAUGCAGAUCAUGCAAAUCAAUUUACUAGUGCGGUCAGUCUAUUCCCACCAGAUCUUAAUGUUCAAGUUCCAUUCCCAUCACCCGGUCAAGCAAUGUUUGCUCCAAAUUUCGCAAGUACAUUCACAAAUGCUCAGCAGCAACAUAAUCAAAAUAAUGAUCAUUCAAUGAUGAUGCAGACGAGCAGUUCUCAUAUUAAAUUAAAUAGCAAUGAAAUGACAAGCAGUAUGCAUUUUGGUCGACAGAAUAUUUGCCCACCAAACAUGUUUAAUCCACAACAGCAGCAACAACAACCGAUGCAUCCUAAUGACUUACAGAUGAUUCCAAAUAUUCCACCAAACAAUUCAAUGGAUUGUAGUAAUUUAAUUCAGUCGAAUUUAGACAAACCACAACCACAAGACAUUGCUAAGAAAUCUCCAUCAAAAUCAACGAGAUCAUCGCCUCGCAAUACAACUCCAAAUUAUGUUGGUGGAAAAACGCCACAAAAGAGUCCGUCAAAAAGUCCUAGACAACCAUCUACACCUGCAUCAAUAGAGUCACUUUCAAGACAAAAUAGUCAAAAAGGUAAAAUGACACCAACAACAAAUGAAGGUAAACAGAGAAAGAGUCGAUCAAAUAGCCAAGCAUCGCCUGUUACAACUCCAGCAGAUCAUCGAGCUGCAAAUAACAAGGCACGACAACGAGCUAAUAAAAAUACAAAAGGACGAUUUCCACAAAAUGCUAUGCCUUUUAUGCCAUUUAACAAUGAGGCUGAUUAUAUUGCAAUUGAUAAGAAACUCGUUGGAACUGUUUAUGACUUUAGUGCUGACGAAGAUUUUCCAACUAGCCCAUCUGUUGAGAAUUUAACAUUAAGAGCAAUGAGAGAUAGAAGAAAGUCUGUAGAUUUGUAUAAUAAGAUGAACAAGGAUGGAUCAUCACAAUCACCGAAGUUUAUGAAGAGUUCAUUGAAACCAACAACACCUUUGUCACAUCCAUUAGCAAUUAAUAAUCAUACGAUGCCAAAUACAGUUGUAAAUGAAUCUGAACAACUUCCUGUGACAGCUUCAAGCAUAACAAAUCUUAAUCUUGUUAACAUGCCUGGACCUGUAGACAUGAGAACAUACAAUUCAUUUGAUAAUACUAAUGAUAGUUACAGUAGUCAAUUAUUAGGUGCAUUUGCAACUAAUACAGUCGAUCAGACACUUAAUGAAAUCGACGAGGAACAAGAAAAAGAACUUCAGACAGCAUUAAAAGCUAGCAAUGAUAAACAGAAAACACCAACAACAAAUUCAACGUCCAAUGUUCCAAUAAAUAAUGAAAUUGCAAAGAAUACUGCAGAAGUAUCAAAUAUCGUCGAAGAGAGUGUUGAUUCUGAAGCAUCAUUUGCAAAAGUAUCACUUUCAGAUUCUCGUAAUCAAUUAAAACUUAAAAUAAAAGGGCCUCUCGCACAUCAUCAUGAUAUGCAAUCGCAGUCUGUGACUCAUGCACAAAUAGCUCCACAAACAACGUCGAGUGCGACGUCAUCAAAUCGUAGACAAAUGAGAAAGAAGGAAUUAUUGCAGCAAUAUUGGAAUCAGGGUAAUACAGAUCAAGAGCCAUUGAGUAUAGUAUCAAAUGAUCAACAAGCUCCAUCGAAUAUAUCAUCAAAUAGAGUUGGAGGAAUUCCAAAAGCAGUUGAUUCAAUGGGAUUAAGUUUAUUAAAGGAUGAGUUCCAAGAUUUUAAUUAUGCUGAAUAUAAGAAACGUAAACGUUUUGCAUUACGUGGAGUAGAUCCACUUGACGUCUAUCCAUCAAGUCUCGAUGUUUCUAAUGUAACUAAUGAAGUAGAUCCACUAGCAAUUGAUACAAGUACGAACAAUAAGAAGAGAAGUCGUCGUCCAGGUCGAGGAAAUCAACAACAGAAUCUUAUGGGAACACCAAAUCCACCACCAAAAUUAAAGAUUAAAAUUGGUGCUGAUAUCAUGGAAACAACUGGAAGUGACUUACCUCCGAAGAAACGUCUCAUUGCCCAACCCCCAAGUUACCAAGAUCUGAAACGUGAAUCUAUGAAUUUCCGUAAGCAAAUGAUGGAAGAGUUUAGUGAGCAAUCAAAUAAACAGCGUCAAAAGCAAGAGAAACGCGAACGAAAGGAAAAGAAGAAGCGCAAGAAGGAGAAAAAGAGAUCAGUUGAGAUUGUCAGUAAGCCGAUCACAGAAGGUGCUCCAGUCAAAUUAAUAUUAAAAAUUAGCAAUAAAUCAUCAGCAUCCCUCAACACAUCAGCAUCAUCUGAAACUAGUAAUAAGCCAAUAAUGAAUGAGCAAGUAGUUAAAUCAACACCACCACCAAUCAAACUUAAGUUGUCAAGAAAUUCAACAGGCAAAGGAGAAUAUAAUAUUCUAAAUACAUCAGCAUCUAAUGUUGUAGACAAACAUAAGAAUUUAGAUAUCAAUAAUUCUAGUGUCAAUAAUCAAAAUACAACAAGUGUGAGUAAUCCAAACAAUAAUAAUAAUAAUUUACAGCCUCCUAUAAUAGAUGCGUCAGAUAUAAAUGCAAUAACAACAAAGAAGCUCGAAGUGUCAUUAGAGAGGAUUGAGGAUAUCGAAAAGGCAAAAUCUGAAUUUUCCAAUAAACAAAUGAAAGAGACAUCAAAAGACGAUGUUGCAUCCAAUAAUUGUGAAGUAAGAUGAUGAAGUUUGAGAAACUUUAAAUAAGAAAAAGUAACUGAGAAUGAAUAAAUUAAUCUGUAUUUGUGUUUUCCAUAACAUAAUUAGUAAAAAAAAGAUAUGCAAAAAAAAGUCUUAACAUAAUUUAAAUGAAUUAUAGUGAACCACCAUCUCAUCAUUUCUUAUGUAAAUAGUGUAAAAAAAGAAGAAGUAAAAAACAUAAAGUAAAGAAAUCUAGAUUUUAAAACAAUUUAUGGAAAGGGCUUGAAACCGGAUGAAGAAAGAAACGAAAAAUAAUGAAAUUAAAUUAAGUUAUUGAAAAAAAAAGUAAAUCAGUUCAGCAUUAAUUAAUUUAAGAACAUUAUUAAUAUAUCCUAAAAGAAGUAAAACUAUAGUCCGAUAUAAAAAUAAUAAAAAAAUUGUUAAAAAAAUCGCUUUUAAUUCAACAUUAUUCAAAGAAACUAAAAAAAAAAUAUAUGCUACCAUUUUUUUUCAAUAAAUUCCUCACAAAUCAAAAAAAAAACAAGAAAUGAGAAACGUUAUGAGUUAUGCAUAAAAUCUCUCGGAUGGAAGUGGAUAAUAGACAAACACUUAACAGAUAUUAAAUUAUAUUUUUGAUACAAAACAAAAAAACAUAAAUUAUGUGUAUAUAUUUAUAACAAAAACGACGAUUAAAGAUGAUUUGUGAAAUUUCAUGCAAGGCAGAUCCUUUUUUAUCAUUUCUGGGGCUGGUUUUUAGGACUAUCUAAGGCAGCUACUCUAGUCAUAAAUUUUGUUUUGAUUCUAGAAUAGAGUGCUUUAGGGAGUCGUAGAAACCAAGCUCUAAUCCCUUCCAGAGAUGUGAAUACUUUUAUUAUCAUGUUUUAAGAGUUUGGAGAGAGUCUAAAGCUAUAAAACAUUUGAAACAAAUGAAAAUCUCUAACAUGUGGGUUUAAAAAAACUAGUUUUUAUGUAACUUAAUAUUUAAGGGACUUUAAUGGAGCUAUCCAUAAAAACAAGGUUUUCUAAACACUAUCCAUACUGUGCCCAUUUGUUUGAACAACCAAAUAGCUCAAGACGCCCUCUUCACGCUUAAAAAGUUAUACAUCAUUGAUAAACGACCCCCAAACUUCCCCUAUUUCGUUAUUAUUUCUGACACACGAGCUCAAAUAACUGCAAUCAGCUCUCAUGAAUUAUUUUAUUUUAUAGAUUCUGCCUUCCCUCUUUUACAUCUUUCCUUCCUUUCCAAAAACAAAACAACAAAAAAUUUUAAACUCUUCUUUUAUCAAUACUUAAUU